CACAAACACAAACGGGAAGCUGAUCAUAUGACAGGCGCGCAGGAGAACGACUGCAGGCGAGCGGAAGUGUCUACGGGGUGACUGAGCAGGAUUUGAUGGUGUUCUGUCGGGUCUCAUCUUCCAGAAAACACAUCAUAGAGACACAAAGAUCAUUACAUUUUCGAUUUACAUCUACGCAAUACCUAUUAUAACCUGUUGGAGGACGUCCAGCAGGGAGCGCUCGUGAACGCGCCCAUAUGACUCACCCUCCGCGUACUGUAGCAGAAGAAAAAACAGCAGCUGUGUAUUCAGGAAAAGCGUUUAUAUUUGGCAAAAUAGUUUAUGUCUGCAGAUAUGAGUGUCCCAGACUACAUGCAAUGUGCUGAGGACCAUCAGACAGUCCUGGUCGUUGUUCAGCCUGUGGGCAUCGUCCCAGAAGACCAGUUCUUCCGCAUCUACAAACGCAUCACCAGCGUCAGCCAGGUCAGCAUCCGAGACUCUCAGCGUGUCCUUUUCAUCCGUUACCGGCAUCACUACACUCCCGAGAACAACGAGUGGGGUGACUUCCAGACGCAUCGCAAAGUCGUGGGCCUCAUCGCCGUGACCAGCUGCGCCACACCCAAAGAGUGGCCACAGUUGUCGGACCGUUUCCACGGGCAGAAGGAGGUGUUCGGCUCGACUCUGUACGACUCACGGCUGCUGGUCUUCGGGCUGCAGGGGGAGGUGGCCGAGCAACAGAGGACGGAUGUGGCAUUCUACCCGAGUUAUGACGAUUGUCCCGAAGUGGAGAAACGGGUUGAGGACUUUGUGGAGUCCAUAUUUAUCGUCCUGGAGUCGAAAAGGCUUGACAGAGCCACAGAUAAGUCCGGAGAUAAGAUCCAGCUGCUGUGUGUGCCCUUUGAGAAGAAGGACUUUGUCGGGUUGGACACGGACAGCAGGCACUAUAAGAAACGCUGUCAGGGCCGCAUGAGGAAGCACGUGGGAGAUCUGUGUUUGCAAGCGGGCAUGUUGCAGGACGCUUUCGUGCAUUAUCACAUGUCCGUGGAGCUUCUGCGAUCAGUCAAUGACUUCCUCUGGCUGGGAGCUGCUCUGGAGGGAUUGUGUUCGGCCUCUGUCAUCUUCCAUUACCCAGGAGGCACUGCAGGGAAGAGAGGAGCCCGUAAGCCUGGGCUUUCCUCCGCUGCAGAUGCUGGCAAGAGACACAGACCUGGCGCACAGGAAGUUCUCAUUGAUCCAGGUGCCCUGACGACCAAUGGGAUCAGUGCGGACACGAGCGCGGAGAUCGGAAGGGCCAAGAACUGUUUAAGUCAAGAGGACAUCAUCGAGAAAUACAAGGAGGCCAUCUCAUACUACAGCAAGUAUAAGAGCGCUGGAGUGAUCGAGCUGGAAGCUUGUAUUAAAGCUGUCAGAGUUUUGGCCAUUCAGAAACGGUCCAUGGAGGCAUCCGAGUUCCUUCAGAACGCUGUUUACAUCAACCUGGGCCAGCUGUCAGAAGAAGAGAAGAUCCAGCGCUACAGCAUCCUCUCGGAGCUCUACGAGCUCAUCGGCUUCCACAGAAAAUCUGCUUUCUUCAAACGGGUCGCUGCCAUGCAGUGUGUGGCCCCCACCAUCCCCGAGCCGGGCUGGAAGGCCUGUUACAAGCUCCUGCUGGAGACCCUGCCGGGAUACAGCCUCUCUUUGGACCCGAAAGACUUCAGCAAAGGGACUCAUCGUGGAUGGGCGGCUGUACAGUUACGGUUACUUCACGAGCUGGUUUAUGCAUCUCGACGGAUGGGGAACCCAGGACUGUCCGUCAGACAUCUCUCCUUCUUACUGCAGACCAUGCUGGACUUCCUGUCCGACCAGGAAAAGAAAGAAGUGACCCAAAGUUUGGAGAACUACACAUCGAAAUGUCCUGGUGGAAUGGAUGUGAUCACCCUCCCCGAUGGCCUCAAACUACUUCCUGUUCCCUUCACCAAACUGCCCAUCGUCAGGUCUGUGUCUCUUUUGAAUCUACCCGUGAGUUUGAGGCCUCAUAAGGUGAAAGGGCUUCUGGGACAGGGGAUGUCGGCUGCCAGCCCCUUUAUCUACUCUCCAAUCAGCAUGCACAACCGAGGAGAUGAACGCUCGAAGAAGAUCGAUUUCCAGUGGGUUCAGGGUGAUGUGUGUGAGGUGCAGUUAAUGGUGUAUAACCCCAUGCCCUUUGAGCUACGAGUGGAGAACAUGGGUUUGUUGACGUCAGGAGUGGAUUUUGAGUCUCUUCCUGCUGCACUAUCUUUGCCUGCCGAGUCCGGCCUCUAUCCCGUCACUCUGGUCGGAGUUCCGCGCACCACCGGGAACAUCACGAUCAGCGGUUACCACUCGUGUGUGUUUGGGGUGAGCAGUGACUGUCUUCUGGAUGGAUUGGUUGGGGUGAAGAGCAGCGGCUUUAUGUUGGAGGUGGUCCCGUCACUCCCGCGACUGCAGCUCUGCACAUCAUUACCCAGGUCGGCUCAUCUGUCCAGUGAAGAUUUAUCCAGCAGCGUGUUACAGCUAUUUAAUGGAGAAACACAAGAGCUGAUGGUCACCCUGGAGAAUAUCGGUACAGAGACUUUAAACACACUGGAGCUGUCGUCUAAAACACUCAGCACUAAAGAAAAGCUGUUUGGCGAGUUCAUUAGCUGGGACCUGCAGGACGCCGUGUCUCACCUUCCUCUGAAAUCAGGUCAAUCCGUCACCGUUCCCAUCAGGAUACAGGCCAAACUGGACUUCUCCAGUCAGGAGAGCCUACUGCACGACCUGAAUGACGAUGGUAUCAGCGUAACAGGUCUGCCCGUCUCCAGCCCACUGCGGCAGGUCCUGAAGUCCCGCUCUGAAAAUAAAUCGGUCGGUGCUGACACCAGCAAGAACGAAUACAACCAUGUUAAGACACUGGAGGUGGUGUUGACCUUUAAAUACAGCGGUGGAGCCGGACAGGUGGAGGGCUACUAUCGGGAGCUCAGUUUGGGAAUCCGAGUGGAAGUUGAACCUUCAGUUUUCUUCACACGAGUUAGCACGUUACCCGCCACCAGUACACGCCAGUGUCACCUGCUGCUGGACGCGUUCAACUCCACCGAACACGAGCUCACGCUGUCUGCCAAAAACAACCAGAACCUGGUGCUGCAUGCCAGCGAAUGUCAGAGGAUGGCCAUUCAGGUGGAUAAGUUUGACUUUGACAGCAUGCCUGUGAUGGACCACGAUGCAUUGCAGCAGGUGCCAGCUCGCCAGCAGGAAGAGAAGAGGCAGGAGGUUCUGGGAGGACUCAUCAACAGGACUCUGGACAUCCAUUGGACUAUCUCAUCGCUGCGGCGGCAUGGAGAGGCCAGUGUGGAAGGAAUCCUCAACCAGCUCAUUCUGGAUCAUCUACAGCUGGCUCCUCUACAGUGGGAUGUUGUGGUGAACGGGAAGCCCUGCGACUGUGACGUGAUCGCUGACUGCAGGGUGGGAGACGCCGUGUCAUUAGAGGUGAAACUGACCAAUCGCAGUAAGAGCGCAGUGGGGCCGUUCUUUCUGACCGUCGUGCCCUUCCAGGACUAUCAGAACGGAGUUCAGAACCACGACCUGCAGGACGCCGUCACUUUCAUCGGGUCCAGCACCUUCUACAUCAGCUCGGUGAACCCUACCGAGAACUCUGUGUGUGUGGGCGCUUUGCUCUUCCUAUACACUGGAGAUUUCUACCUGAACAUCAAGUUUCAAGAUGACAGCACGGGCCGUGACCUGCCGCCAGCCUGGUUCUGUCUUCCCAGCGUCCACAUCAAAGCGCAGGAGUCGAUCGAAGCGGCCGCCUGAGCCGGUGAACUCUGACCUUUCACCCGACAGACUUUUAAAAACGCCCCGAAAACAUCUGCCGAGCUGCUCCGGAUAAUCUUGAAUCUGGUGUUAAAUCCGGUGUGGACGUGUUUAAGUUUAUUCCAACUCUGCCGCUUUAUAUUCUGUUCGAUUUCUCCGUCGUGUCCACUGACUUUGGAUGCGUCUCUUCUGAUACAGUUUGACAUGAAGACGCAGCCGUUUUCACAGGUAUAUGUUAGAUGAAAACAUUAUUGUCAAUCUUACAAUUUUACUCUGAAGCUGUUUAGUGUCUUUGACAUGUAAAUAAGAGUCAUUUAGAGAAAUGUCCAUGACAACAAUCUACUUUUAAUGGGUUUAUCGCACAAAUGUUACACUUAAUAAAAAAACAGGGGAAUUAUAUUUUGGAAAGAAAAUGAAGCCUAAUUUUAAGGCGUUAUGAGUUUAGCACAUCUUCUGUGAUCUUAUUUAACAAAUUAAAGACACACACUGUCAAAAAUCUAAAGUAAAAUCAAACACAAAUGAAUAGGCUUCAUGUUCUUUAAACAAAAUAUACUUUCAUACACCAUUUCUUUGUUUUGUGAUAUGCAUCCUAUAUUGCAUGUAAAUAUGAGUUAUAUCUGUUAAAAUAUGUAAACAAGGUUUAGCACACUUUUCUUGGGAUGUUGCAUAAAAGAUUUUGUGACUGUU